CUCACCACUACAACAACACAGCUCACAGACACUACUUCACACUCGCAAGUCAACCUUUACAACUACAUCACCAACCUCCAACCACCACCAACAGUCAACAUGAAGUUCACCACCAUCCUCGCCGCCGCCGCCCUCACCCUCACCGUCUCAGCCAAGUCCCCCCUCCCGCCACCCCGCCCCCUCCUCGAAGGCACCGUAAACUCGGACCGCGACUGCAAGAAGCCAAUCACAAAGUGGACCAUUGACGAGAACGCCCACGACCGCUGCGUCGUCUUUGACGAGGAGCUCGAGGGUGUCGAGGACUAUGCUGUCAAGUCUCUCAGGGUUGAUGCUCUCAACAACGACAAGUGUGGACUCUGGGUCUACAGUGAUCAUGGAUGCCACAUGGCUGCUCGCAGGGUUGAGCCCAAGACUUGUGUGGUUGCCGACCGUUGGGGAUGGCGAUCUUAUGCCAUCUUCUGCCUCUAG